GGAAAAAUUCAAAACUGUAUGAAUAGUACUCUACGAGAGGAACUUGAAUAUAAUAUGAAUAAUAUAGUAAAAAAAUGCAUUCAAGGAAGUAUUGAAUUAGAUGAAAGUGACAUUCAACAACUUAUUGACGAAAGCGAGAGAAAAUAUUGUGGUCUCUAUCGAAUUGCUUCCUAUGAUCGAUAUCUUGAAAAAAAUGGUUGUCUUGAUUAUAAUUUGACUGAAAUUUGCGAAACUGAAGUUUUCAAACGAAAACUGGAGAACAUUAACGAAUUUGCUAAUUUAGGAUUAUCAUUCACUCCAAAUGGAUUCAAAAAUUUCGUUGAACUUCUCGAAUGCACAUCAACCGAUGUCAAACAAAAUUGUAAUAAAAAACAAUAUGCAAAGCGUGAGCAGUUACAUAAAGAAUACGUCGAUACUUUAACUGUGAUUCCCAAGUGAUGGCGACUAUGAAAUUUUUUCCUCAAGAAGUUUAAAAAAUUACGUAGCUAAUCAGUUAAUUGACAGUAACAAUAAAAAAACAUUUUUUCAUACAAUCAUAAAAAAAAAAAAAUUUUUUUUUU